AUGGCAACACCUGUCAUCUCACGGCCCACGGCGGUGGACUCAUCGCCGCUACUUACGAUUGGGGACGAGAAACCCGACAAGGGUGGGCGAGUGGGGCAGGCUACGAAGUUAAGCACAGCACUAGGCCAGGCGACGGCCGAUCAGCAGGACACGAGCGACAGCGACGACCAGGACCUCGAAGGCGAGAAGAAACUCGAGGUUCAGGCCGACAAGAUUGACAGCGACAACGAGACCCUUGAAGACGAAAAGGAAUUCCACGGCCACAGCCACGCCUACAGCCGCCUGCUGCUGAUGUUGCCGCUGCUGAUACUGCCCCCAAUGGCACCAAGCGUUUGGCUCCUGCUAGGCCCCAGGCCUGCGGCAUCCACGAAACAUGGCACCGGCAGCACAAAGACCCAGGGCACAGAUGCGAAGAAGCAGCAGAAAGGCGCAAGUGAUACUGCAUCUAGAAGAGCAGAUGCCGGAUCGGAAACAGCUGCAGCAGAUGCAGGCGCACACGACAAGUCACGCCUGCCGUUCCGCCGCAAUAAAAAUGGUCCCCGCAAAGGUGGGAAGCAGAAAGAGAAGGGUGCUCUUGGCAGGGCCUACGAGAAGCUCAAGAUGGGUCUUUUCAGCAAGAAGAAGAAGGAGCCCGUGGACGAGAACCCCUACUCCGCUCCCAUAACGCCAUACCAACAGGCCCGUAACGACCUCCAUCAGCAGAAGCUCGGCGGACCCGGCGGGCCCGGGGCGCCCGGAGGACUUCCGUCGAACCCGCGCAUGAACUCGUUCGCGUCCAGCACCGCACCUCCGCCCUACCAGAGCCCGUCGGUGGCCAGCGACAACAGCCGGUUUGGAGACGAGAAGUUCGGCAACCAGAACGGGUACGGAUCGAACCGGUACGACAACGACAACGCUGCGGCUUUCAGUGCCAACCAGAGGCGUCCUGGCGGAUACGGCGGUUUUGGCGAUGACGCGGGCAGCAACGAGCUAUUCGGUGGUGCCUCUAGUCGCUAUGUACCUCCGCAGCAGGGCGGAGCUCCAUCCGUGCAAUCCCCUCCGAAUGGGUCUGCUCCUUUUCGGUCCACUCCGAGUCGGUACGACAACGACCCUUCGAAGGGCACCUUGCUUGGCAAUGCUCAAGAUCGAUACAACCCCUUGCCUCCGACGGCGAGACAGGAGGGAGCAGCAGAAGACGAUGAAUAUGGUGGUUAUGGUGCGCCUCGCGAGAUGACAGAGGAGGAGAGGGAGAGGGAAGAUGUCCGGGCCACCAAUGCCCAGACCAGAGAGAUCAGAAAAGCUGGCAUAGAUUCGCUCGCCCGGUCGAGAGCUCUCGGAGAACAAGCGCUGGGCCUUGCAGCCUCCUCAGCUGCUCGUCUGGGAGAGCAGGACAACCGGCUCGCAAGAACGGAGCGGAACGUGGAUGCAGCACUGGUGAUGAGUCGCAAUGCGGAAAAGAGCACCAAGGAACUCAAGACGAUCAAUGACAGCAUGUUUUCCGGCAUGUUUGGGCCCUCGAAACGCACACUGAACAAGAGGGACGCCGAGACCCUGGCCCAGUACCAAGAGGAUAAAGAGGCACGUGAAAGCACAGCAAAAUCGGCUUAUAAAUCAGAGCAACAGAUGGAAGACAUGUUCAAAGACAUCAAUGGCAACAAACCUUCUGGGCCACUGGGGGCGAGGCGCAACAACGCGGAGAGAAGUAAAUUCAUUUUCAAAGACGACGAAAGUGAUGAUGAGCUGGCCAGGGAAGACGAGAACGACGAAGAUCAAAUCAAUGAAGGCAUAGAUGACUUGACGGACAUCGUGGGCAAACUCAAAGGUGCUGCCAUCGGCAUGGGCGGCAAUCUCACAACACAGAAUGAGCGUCUGGACAGGCUUGCAGGGAAGACCGAUGCAGUGGACGACCGUGUCCGGAUGAACCGCGAGAAGUUGAGCCGCAUUCGUUAA